UGGAUGUUUAUUUUUGCUAUAGAAAAGACAUUUAAUGGGGUAGGAGAAAGCGGUAUCAUUGUUCACAUAAAAACAGGGCAUAUUACAGAGUGGUGAUUAAACCAAAUUCCAGAAAAAGUUUUAUUACAUUUCAUUGAUUAGUUUUGAGGGUAUGCAAGUAGCAUAGAAUGCUGUGAAAGCCAGAGAAUAACUCAUAGGAGCAGGUUCUCGGCUGAGAAUUGAAUUCGGGUUGGCAGCCGUCUUGGUGCAUGCUCCUUUACUCCCUGGACCAUCUCACCGCUCCCCAGAUUUAUCCUUAGUAUUAUUAAUUCUCUACAAUUCUAUAUAAACUACUACAUUUCAUCAAAACAUCUUCACACAUACGCAUUAUUACACUGAACCAAAUUCUUACAGUGUGUUAGUUACUUCUCUGUUUCUAUGACCCAAAGCAAUUUAGAAAGGAAACAGUUUGUUUUGGCUUAUGGUUCCUGAGGGUUACAGUCCAUAAUCCAGGGAGGCAUGACAGCAGUUAGGAAGCUGGAUGAUCACAUUUUGGCUGUGUACAGGCAGCAGAGAGUGGGUUGAGAGUGCGGCAAGGUCUCUCCUGUUUUUAAUCAUUUUAAAAAUCUCUCUCUCGUCCCUCCCUCCCUCUCUGUUGCACAACCUGGUCUCAAACUCAUGGACUCAAGUGACCCCUCCCAUUUCUGUCUUUCAAGUGUCCCGGGACCAUGGGUGCAUGCCACCAUGCCUGACUGGUUCUUGACCUCUUUGGGUCGAGUAAUCCUUUGAAAAUCUGUUGAAAACUGGUGACUCAUUCAUCCCUCAUGGGGGGGAACCACACACGCUUGCAACAUAUUGACUAGGGGAUUUACACUAGAGUUCUCCUGAGAGAAAUUUUGUUUCCGGGAAUUUAUAAAAUUAUCAUGGUCUGUAUUUCCCAAGAGGGUGACUGAAACCUGGUGUCCAGAGGGUCCAUAUUUUUGAGCCUCUUCCGCGUUUGCUUCAGAACACUAACCAGGCAUGAGUGACCUUCUGCCCUUAUUUUAACCUGCUGUAUUCCCAGCAGAAUACAAAACAGUAUAGAUCAGAAUCCCCUACUCUUCCUUGUCUGAUUCUUGCUUGUCCCAGUGGUUCACCUCCUGAUUAUCUAGCUGGAGGAGAACAAAUUAGAGGCAGAGAGGCAGGUGAGAAAGGGACCACCUACACACCCGAGUUUGUGAAUUAGACACAUGCACAAAGUGAAAAGAAUUUGUACCUAAAGCCGGUGAGUGGACCAUAACCUCUUUACCACACCCACUGACUUUUCCACUUGAUGUAAGUGAGCCUGAACCAGGCUGUGGAUUCUGACAGCCCAGGAACCAGGGCCCCCCAACAUGGAAGCUCUGGCCUUCCCUGACCUCACAGCCCUAGUAGUCCUGAGAUGAGCGAAGAUCCGGUGGCCCCUGUGAGAAAGCCAUUGAGAGGCACAGCCCUUUGGGUUUGGGAAAGGGGAGGACGCAGGAGAGGUAGGAUUUUUUUUUUCCUGGUUAAAAUUUGUGGAGGAAAGAUUGCUGUAUCUGCGCCCUUCCUUCGAUCAAGGUGUCUCUGUUGCUCCAUAAAUAAAACGUCCCACUGCUUUUGGUGAGCACUAUAAAGGCAGCAGAAGACUGUCCCCAGGGCAUUCCAGACAGGCAGAGAGCACCGGAGCCCAAACAGGUGAGUUCAUCGCAGAAGAUGCUGUUGGCUGCACCCCGCCCUGUUGUAACUCUCUAGGGAUGGGACAGGUCAGGCGCCAGCGGGCAAGGCAGGACAAGCAACAGAAAAGGCGAGACAAAAGCCAAGUGGGUGUCGGACCUGGAAAGUCGCUGCACCUGUCCCCAAGUGGGACAGCACUUCUGCAGUCCAGAGUGUGCGUGGAGCACACUGUUUAGUGUGGGGAGUACGGGACCCUUUCCCUGUCUCACCCGCACGGGUCCCGUCGGGCGGAGAUUUCAGGACGCGGACAGCGCCCUAACUGUACCCCAAGUCCCCAAAGUGAAGCUCACUCCCUGGACAGCGGGGAUUCCCGGGUAUCUGGUGUGGGAGACAUUGAAGUCCUCAGCUGCCUCCCUCAGGUGGCCUAGGGCCGGUUUGUUCCCAGCGCCAAGGACGGCAGGACCCGGCUGACUCUCCAGCACCGCUAUCACAGGUGUCACCCGAUCCGUGCGCCCUGGUGCCGGCUGCGGACUGCUUCUUGCCUGUCUCUCACCGUCGCGUCCCCUCCUGGUCGGUGGUCCUCGGGCUCGCAGACCAUGGCAACGCCAGGCAGUCGCUCGGAGCCAUCGCAGCUCGCCGAGUACAGCUGCAGCUACAGGGUGUCGCGGCCGGUGUACAGCGAGCUCACCUUCCAGCAGCAGCGAGAGCGGCGCCUGCAGGAGCGCAGGACGCUGAGGGACAGCCUGGCGCGGAGCUGCAGUUGCUCCAAAAAGAGAGCCUUUGGUGUACUGAAGACUCUCCUGCCCAUUCUGGACUGGCUCCCCAAAUACCGAGUCAAGGAAUGGUUGCUCAGUGAUGUCAUCUCUGGAGUCAGCACUGGACUGGUGGCGACCCUGCAAGGCCCUUUCCCUGUGGUCAGUUUGAUGGUGGGAUCUGUUGUUCUGAGCAUGGCUCCCGAUGACCACUUUCUGGUGCCCAGUGGUAACGGAAGUACAUCAAACACGACCACGUUAGAUACCGGAACCAGAGAUGCGGCAAGAGUACUGAUUGCAAGCACCCUCACUCUUCUGGUUGGAAUCAUACAGCUGGUAUUUGGAGGUUUGCAGAUUGGAUUCAUAGUGAGGUACUUGGCAGACCCUUUGGUUGGUGGAUUCACAACAGCUGCUGCCUUCCAAGUGCUGGUGUCACAGCUAAAGAUUGUGCUCAAUGUUUCAACCAAAAACUACAAUGGCAUCCUCUCCAUUAUUUAUACACUAAUUGAGAUUUUUCAAAAUAUCGGUAACACCAAUAUUGCGGAUUUCAUUGCUGGGUUACUUACCAUCAUCAUCUGUAUGGCUGUCAAGGAAUUAAAUGACCGAUUUAAACACAAAAUCCCAGUUCCUAUUCCUAUAGAAGUGAUUGUGACAGUAAUUGCCACUGCCAUUUCCUAUGGGGCCGACUUGGAAAAAAAAUACAAUGCUGGCAUUGUUAAGUCCAUCCCAAGUGGGUUCUUGCCUCCUGCACUUCCGUCCGUGGGCCUGUUUUCCGACAUGCUGGCUGCAUCCUUUUCCAUUGCUGUGGUGGCUUAUGCUAUUGCAGUGUCUGUAGGAAAAGUCUAUGGCACCAAGUAUGAUUAUCUCAUCGACGGAAACCAGGAAUUUGUUGCCUUUGGCAUAAGCAAUGUCUUCUCAGGAUUCUUCUCCUGUUUUGUGGCCACCACUGCUCUGUCUCGAACGGCUGUCCAGGAGAGCACUGGAGGAAAGACACAGGUUGCUGGCAUCAUCUCAGCUAUGAUUGUAAUGAUCGCCAUUGUUGCCCUGGGGAAGCUUCUGGAACCCUUGCAGAAGUCCGUCUUGGCAGCCGUCGUCAUUGCUAACCUGAAAGGGAUGUUCAUGCAGGUGUGUGACGUCCCUUGUCUGUGGAGGCAGAAUAAGACUGAUGCUGUUAUCUGGGUGUUUACAUGCGUAAUGUCCAUCAUUCUGGGACUAGACCUGGGUUUGCUAGCUGGCCUUUUAUUUGGACUACUGACUGUGGUCCUGAGAGUUCAGUUCCCAUCAUGGAACAGCCUUGGAAGUGUCCCCAGCACAGACAUCUAUAAAAGUGUCACACAUUACAAAAACCUUGAAGAGCCCGAAGGAGUGAAGAUCCUGAGAUUUUCUAGCCCUAUCUUUUAUGGCAAUGUCGAUGGUUUUAAAAAAUGUGUUAAGUCCACAGUUGGAUUUGAUGCCAUUCGAGUUUAUAAUAAGAGGCUGAAAGCACUGAGGAGAAUACAGAAACUCGUCAGAAAAGGACAACUGAGGGCAACAAAGAACGGGAUCAUAAGUGAUGUUGGCUUAUCAAAUAAUGCUUUUGAACCUGACGAGGAUGUUGAAGAGCCAGAGGAACUUGAUAUCCCAACCAAAGAAAUUGAGAUUCAAGUGGACUGGAACUCGGAACUCCCAGUUAAAGUGAAUGUCCCCAAAGUGCCCAUCCAUAGUCUGGUACUGGACUGUGGAGCCAUAUCCUUCUUGGAUGUGGUAGGAGUGAAGUCACUGCGAAUGAUUGUCAAAGAAUUCCAGAGAAUUGACGUGAACGUGUACUUUGCUUUGCUUCAAGACGAUGUACUAGAAAAAAUGGAGCAGUGUGGGUUCUUUGAUGACAACAUUAGAAAGGACAGAUUCUUUCUGACGGUUCAUGAUGCUAUACUCUAUCUGCAGAACCAGGUUAAAUCCAGGGAGGUCCAGGAUUCCCUUCUAGAUACGAUCACCCUCAUUCAAGACUGUAAAGAUCCUCUUGAACUGAUGGAAGCAGAGAAGAAUGAGGAAGAACUUGAUGUUCAGGAUGAGGCCAUGCGUAGACUUGCUUUCUGAGAGUGGGUACGGGGUCACCGCCAGCAAGGACCGCGGACAGAACGUGUCUAUCGGGUCCUCUCCGCAAGUGUUCUCUGCUCUAUUUCUUCAUACUUAAACAGCCAUCCUCUUACUGCUAUGUUAAAAUAUUUACAUUUUUAAACUUCUUAGGCAUUACACGAGAAACACUGGUCAUUUCUGUGUCUUAAUGCAGAAAACAGACAGCUUAGCUCUAAAAUAUUCAAAACCAUGAGACUUGUCCCUGAAAAUCAGCAAUGUCUGGGACCUGAGACAGUGCUCAGUGCCGCUGACACCAUGACAGGUUUACUCUCUGUGUCCACAGAGUGUGCUCUAUCCCUGUUAAACUGUAUAAGUGUGCCCUCAACAGCCUUUGUGGGAGGUGAGCCAGGAAGGAUCACACUAAGAAAGGUAAAACAGAGUUACUAAUGCACUCAGUGAGCUUAAAAAAUAAAACCAACCUUUGAAAAUAAUUUUGUUUAGACUUAUUUUGUUUAUGAGUGUUUUGUUCAUACAUAUAUCCGUACACCGUGUGUAUGCCUGGUGCCCAAAAAGUUAGAAAAGAGUAUUCGAUUUCCUGAGAACGGAGUUAUAGAUGGUUGUGAGCUGUUAUAUGAGUGUUGGUAUUUGAACCCAGGUCCUCUGCGAGAGCAUCAAGUGCCGUUUAGCACUGAGCCGUCUCUCCAAUCCCCAUAAUUCCUAUUUUUAAAUACAGCUUUAGCCUAUCUCCUUGUAUAAUGGCAAGAUAAACUCUCUUCUGUUUAAAGCCAGGUGUGGUGGUCCAUGCCCGUAAUCCUAGGCCUUGAGAGGCCGAGGCAGAAGAAGCAAUAGUUCAAGGUCUGUUGUGCUAUACAGUGAGACCAUAUUUUGAAAAAUCUAACAUGAAGACAAUUUUGACCAAACCCUUUUUUUUUUUUUUAAAGAUUUAGUUUAUUUGUUA